AUGGCUAUGGCACAUCUAGUAUCUUCUCCUAUCGUCUCUUCACUCUCAGCCGGUGCAAAUCUUUGGGGCAGGAAACUCUCCUUCAACACUAUUUACUGUGAAAGUUCUGGUGGAUCGAAAGCUUCUAAGCACAAUGUAAAAGCUCAAAUACAGUAUAAUCCUUUGAGGUUUCAACAAUCACCGUUUAAUAACCAUUACAAAAACACUGAAAGAGGAACAUAUGAAGAAAGCAAUAAAAGUUAUGUUGUGAAAGCCGUCACUGUGCCAUCUUCUGAGUCAGAAUCUGAAGCUUCCAACUCCAAAAACAUUGUCGACUCUGUCAAAAAUUUCAUGGCUGCUGUGUACCAAUUUAUUUACCCUUACGCAUUGUAUGGUCAGGCAACAGCUACAAUUUCUGCGUCUCUCACUGCAGUAGAAAAACUAUCAGAUAUAUCUCCAUUGGUUUUUAUUGGUUUGUUGCAGGCUGUGUUACCUCACUCUUUUAUGGUUCUUUACGCUAAUGGAGUGAAUCAAGUGUUUGACUUUGAAAUAGAUAAGAUAAACAAACCGUAUCUUCCAUUGGCUGCUGGCAAAUUAUCCUUCAGAACUUCUGCCUUUAUUGUUGCCUUAGCUGCAAUUUUGGGUUUAGGGUUUAACUUGAUGAUAGGUUCUCCGCCAUUGAUUUGGAACUUUGUGGUGUGCGUUACAUUAUGGACUUGCUAUUCAGUCAAUUUGCCUUUCUUACGAUGGAAGCAAUAUCCGGUGAUGGCAUCAUUACUCAUAUUUGUUUGUGGGACAUUUAUAAAUCCAAUUGCAUACUUCCUUCAUAUGCAGACGUUUGUGUUGAAGAGGCCACUUGUGUUUACAAGAUCAUUCAUUGUUUUUCUGUUGUUCAUGAGUUUCUACUCUCCUGGUAUAGCAUUAGCCAAGGAUAUACCAGACGUAGAAGGAGAUAUAAAACAUGGCGUUGAUUCUUUCGCCGCACGUUUAGGCCAGAAAAAUGUAUGUUUCUUAAAUUCAAUAUUUUCUUUUGGUUAUCUUCUCUUUGUAUAA